GCAGCUGAUCAUUCCUGCAGUGGACUCCCUACUUUUUAAUGGCUACUGGGAAUGUUCCUGCUGAUGAGCUUUUAAUUCUGAAUACCUUUGUAGUCUGCCUUCCUCCCUGGAAGAGGACACGUCUACAACAGGCUAGCAGAGUAAGGAUCACCAUGUCCUUGUCUUAACAGGGCAUCAAUAUGAUCCUUCUAUUAAUGCGGAACUAAGACCCUGAUGACUGCCAAUCUCUUUUCCUCAAAUACAAAUAAUUAUUUAUAGAGCAGUAUUUAGCACCAUAGUUCAACACAGAAUUGCUACCUACCUGACAGAAAAGCAUAGAACAGCCAUUGGGGUACCAGAUUAUAGUCUUUGCAAGAGCAGUGGUAGUGAAAGUGAAAUAAUGCAACAACAGAAACGGGGAUGCUGAGGUGGCUAAGAGUAGAAAUUGCCAGGUCCAGUACCCCAGUAGAUGCAAGGGCACCGCACCUUUCCACACCCAAGUCCAGCUAGUAACAAGGCUUGGAAUGCAUUACCAGAAGGCAAAAAUGCCUGUGUCCAGCAGCUCUGAUCAACACAGAAAACACACGGCACUCAAGUACGAAUGGUACGAGUGGCUGAAUCCUCCUCUCCAGCCAAUCAGUUUGUAAGUCUACUAGUACAGUAUAUUCAUUAACACAUCCACAUAGACAUGAAAUCAUUCCGUACCUGGCCUUAAACAGUCUGUCCAGUAACCAGCUAGUGGAUUUCCUGGUAUCAAGGCAUAUGAACAUAGAAAUUAAUCUCUCUGCUAGCUGAUCUAGGAAUGUGGCCUUCCAAUAGGUACUUCUAGGGCAGCCACUCCAUUUUCCCCAGUAAGGUGGCUUAGCGCUACCUCCAGUGAGCAUCCUGCUGACCCUGAUCUCUCCCUGAUCUGGUCCUGGGCUCCAAAGCCCAUUAUCCUACUUGCUCUCUAGGUCUGGCUCCUUUGCUAGGGAACACUCAACACUUGCAUUCUACCUAGCCCUGGCCGCUCCCUGCAUGUGCUGAAGUCUUCCCAUUUGCUGGAACCACUGGCUGCUCUGACCUGUGUCCUAAUCUCAGUUGCUAGCACUUAGACCUCCAGAGGCACACAGUGUAGACAGUCUGCUCACUCUGGGGAAAAAAAAAUACAAGUUGGGUUAAGUAAGACAGCACAGACUGCAGAGAUAAUUCCUACUGAUCAGCAACAUUUUAAAACAUUACCACUUUCUUCACUUUUAUUUUUCCUUCAGUGUUCCCAUGUUUUUUUUUCUCCUAGUCCACUUUGACUCCUCACUCUCCUUUGGUGCUUCUCUUAAUAUACCCAUAUUAUAAACCCAUGAUAUAGCUCACACAUUCACAAAAGGAUCCAGAGAAGACUCUCAUGGUAGGUUUUUUCACAUCCCUAACUGCUCUUCCCCCCAUUUGCCACCCUAAGGCAAAUGCCCCUACAGACAGGGAUACCUCUCAGUCUGUAGGCAUCCCGGAGCCCCUCUACCUCGCUCUGGGUCGAAGCCAGGCCCAGGGACUGUCUCCAGCCCUCAUAAAGCACCGUGGCCUGGACGGGCGGCACGAAAGGCUCUGAGGGAUCGGCAUCUCCCCGCAGUGGGCGGGCCGGCAUCACGCAUGCUCGCUGAGGGCCCCACCAAUAGCCUCUGCGUGGUUUAAAUUUGGCGCCUCGCUCGCUGAUUGGUCGGAUCCCGCAGCCAACACAUUCAGAGCAAGCGCGAUGGUCUCACAGAAGCGACCAGUCAGCAAAAAGCUUCUUCCGACAAACGCACCGAUAGGUGGGGACGGUGGCGCUGUCCAAUGAGGGGGACCCUACUUGGCGGGAGGUUAUAAAAAUGCCGGGCGCGGCCUCUCCAGUCGCAUCGGUUCAGCAGUGGAGCGAGACGCCAUGUCCGGCCGCGGCAAGAGUGGCGGUAAGGCCCGUGCUAAGGCCAAGUCUCGCUCGUCCCGGGCUGGGCUGCAGUUCCCGGUAGGGCGCGUUCACCGACUGCUGCGGCGCGGGCACUACGCGGAGCGGGUGGGGGCUGGUGCGCCCGUGUAUCUGGCGGCCGUGCUCGAGUACCUGACCGCUGAGAUCCUGGAGCUCGCGGGCAACGCGGCGCGCGACAACAAGAAGACGCGCAUCAUCCCCCGUCACCUGCAGCUGGCGGUGCGCAACGACGAGGAGCUCAACAAGCUGUUAGGCGGCGUUACCAUCGCGCAGGGCGGCGUCCUGCCCAACAUCCAGGCUGUGCUGCUGCCCAAGAAGACCAGCAAGAAGGGCAGCGGGCAGCAGUCGCAGGAGUACUAGGCCGGCUCUCCCGGCACAACUCAAAGGCCCUUUUCAGGGCCACCCCAUUGCUCACCGGGAGAGCUGCGAUCCGCGGAGGAGGCAGGAGGAGGGAAGGGGACGAGAGGCGC